GGGAUUCCUCCGGAUCAGCAGCGGCUGAUCUUCGCCGGGAAGCAGCUGGAAGACGGGAGGACCUUGGCGGAUUACAACAUCCAGAAGGAGUCGACCCUUCACCUGGUUCUCCGUCUGCGUGGAGGCAUGCAGAUCUUCGUCAAGACCUUGACAGGAAAGACGAUUACUUUGGAGGUUGAGAGCUCCGACACCAUCGACAAUGUCAAGGCGAAGAUCCAGGAUAAGGAGGGCAUUCCUCCAGACCAGCAGAGGCUUAUCUUCGCUGGCAAGCAGCUUGAGGAUGGAAGGACCCUUGCUGACUACAAUAUUCAGAAGGAGUCUACCCUUCACCUUGUCUUGAGGCUCAGAGGUGGUAUGCAGAUCUUUGUGAAGACUCUGACUGGCAAGACCAUUACAUUGGAGGUGGAGAGCAGCGAUACCAUUGACAAUGUCAAGGCUAAGAUCCAGGACAAGGAGGGCAUCCCACCAGACCAGCAGAGGCUCAUCUUUGCAGGAAAGCAGCUCGAGGAUGGCCGAACUCUGGCCGAUUACAACAUUCAGAAGGAGUCCACUCUCCAUCUGGUGCUGAGGCUCAGGGGAGGAAUGCAGAUCUUUGUCAAGACCCUUACUGGAAAGACUAUCACUUUGGAGGUCGAGAGCAGUGACACCAUUGAUAAUGUCAAG